AUGGAUUCAAUUGAUACCCUUCGAACUUUAACGUCCUUGAACACGAGAGCCAUCCGAGCCGAACGUAUUGUAUCGAAAUAUGAAGGAGAGUUUGCUACGUUGCAAGCCUCAUUCAACCAAACCAAGGAUGACAUACACGAGAUGGCUAAAGUGGUCGAGCUUCUUUAUGAGACCAACCGCGUACUCAGGGAUGUAGUGGACUUCUUGGUCAAACAAAAGAAUAUCACUCCGGGCGACGAGGUUUUGCAAAUUUCCGACAGGCUGUGCAGUAUUCUGGCUCAGCAAGUCCGAAAAUAUGAGCCAUACACUUCUUCUGGAGCAGGCGAACAAAGUGAAAUCAAUGGCAAAUGUGAACAGGAUCAACAAAAUCGUCAUAUUUCGCCACUGUCGGACAAACUCUCGUGA